GCCGCUCAUCGCUGUGUGAGACAGUGCGAGAGUGUGAGAGGGCACGGCACGUGAGGGUACACGGAUCAGACGCCGUGCAUUGUGCAAGUGCAUCGCGUGUAAGUACCGUCUAGGUUUCUGUGAUGUCUACCCCUCGGUGCGCGAGGUCGAUAUGAGCGACGACCCGGCGCUUCAUCGUAAGAUGUAUUACUUAGACGUUUCUCUAGAAAUUCCAUCCGAUCCCGAUCUCACCGCGGUGUCGCCUGUGUAUCUUAAGAAGAACAUCUUGGAAGCCGUUCGGUCGCUGUUCGGCGAGGAGGGAGCCAAGAGUCCCGUGGACGUUCUAAAGAUCUGUCCUACAAAGCGCAGAUUCGUCCUGCGCUGUCCGGCCGACAGCUACGUCCGGCUGCGAGCGAGCCUGACUCUGAGUACAACGUACGAGCGGAAGGCGUGCGUGUACACCGUUCACCGGGCGUCGCCGAAUCUGCUGUCGUUCACCGCCGACAGUAGGACGUUUCAGCACGGAGAGAGGUGCCUUGAUUCUUCACCAUCAUGCCACUGAUACGUAAGGAGGGCAAGGACACCAU